AUGAGCGCACCAACUUCCGGACCGGGUCCCCGUCCGUCCGGGGAUAUCGACAGGAAAGGGUCAGUCAAGCACGCCAGACAGUUGCUAGAGGCUGGCGUGCGUCCAGAGCGUGCAUCACCAUCCAACCAGAUGGGACAACAACCUCUGCCUAGAGACAUUUCUCACCGGACACAAUGGCCUCUGCCUGACUCAGGCUUACCGCCAAAUCCAAUCAACCAUCAUCCAAGGUAUUUGCUCCCACAAGGACCCCCUCCGCAGAGGCCGCCACGUCCAAGUGAGAUGCCUUCGCGUCAGAGCCAAAUGCCUUCACCGUCAAUCUAUUCAGAGCGGGAUGGCCAAGAUACGGAAACAAGUUUGAACGCGGCCCCACGGCCUCCCCGAUCAUUUUCACAGCUGCAGCCGCUUCCGCCGUUGCAGCCUCGGCGGCCCAUGAAGGUCGAGCCCCCUGUCAGUCCCACAAGUACAGUCGACAUGACUCCUCGCAUUUCGAUUGCCACGGAUGACUUGUUCAGACAAUCGACCGCCUCUUCGUCGGCUUCGAUUCCCGAUAUGCCACCAUUCCCGCCCCCAGUUCCACCGCUUGAGCCUCAUGGUUCCCAGGAUACUUUCCAGCGGACAGCAGGUCUGGUCACACCUCUCAACGCUCGACGACCCCCUCAAGCUCCAUUAGGCGUUGCUCCUAUCCCAGAGGAUCUCCCCGAUCCCCGUUUCACCAAGAGCUCUUUCGCAUCCAGCCGAGCUAUCCCCUCUAGCUGGGGCUCUGGACCCCCGGAAUCCGAGAUCUUGGGUGCAUAUCUUGACGUGGAAUCCGACGAAGACGCUGACGAGCCUCACCCAAGUCCCAAAGAGGAAGACGCAACUCUUGUCCGAAGUGCCAGUCUUGGAAAACGUGGGAAGCCAACAAUGCGCACAAUCACAAAGUCCAAUCCCGCAUCUGUAGUUUCUCUCCCCGACGCACAACCCACUCCCAAAGAGAACUCAAAUAAGGCCACAUUCGCAGGCGCAUCCACUGGAGUGGGAGCAGUAGCUGCCGCCAACCAAAUGCUCCACCCACCAAGCAACCUACGAAAGGCAUCUACUUCUACAGCAUCGAGUGACUCUUUGAAGGGCAUUGACCCGGAAAAGCCACCAUUCACCCAGCGUUACCAACAUAACUCGACGUACAGUGCUGCCCUUAAGAAGGAGAUUGAGGUCUUCGGUGGAGAUCUGCCUAGAGCUGCCCCUACCAUGAGCGACAAGAGACCUGGAGGUCGCAAGCCUCCUGCCCUCAACAUGGGUGCUUUGCGGGAUGCAGAGGCUCGUGGAAGUCUUUCCAGCUUAUCUGAUUUGAUCCGUCGUGCUACCAAGCUUGCAUCAAACUUGGACCAUGGAAGGACUGCCAGCCGGAAUGAUCUGGCUGCAGGUGAUGAAGCAGGACCCAAAACUGCAAUGAGAAAUGGCGAAAAGCGCCGUCGCAACUCGGGCUCCCUCUCAGAUAUCCUCGCAUCCUUCCCUCCCCCAGGCCUACAAACCCCCGAAGGCCGUGGAUCCUGGCCUAUCUUCUUCGGUCGCUCAAACCUGCGCAACGUCGAGCAACUCCACUCCAACGAUGACGACCCGAACGCCCCCAAGCGCAAGAACACAUGCUGCGGAAUGCCCCGCAAGAUCUUCGUGAUUCUCUGUAUUGUCAUCUUCAUCGUCGUCAUCCUCGCGAUUCUCCUGCCAGUCUUCCUUGUUGCCGUCCCUCGCGAAAAGGCAAACAAGGACGCAGCCUGUGCAAACAUCAACCCCUGCAAGAAUGGCGGCAUUAGUGUCUCGAGUGGCAGUGAAUGUUCAUGCGUCUGCUCGAAUGGUUAUACCGGCUCGCAAUGCACGGUUGAAAACGACGGUAGCUGUACCACCCACGCCAUCCAAAGCGGCGACUCGACCAAGAAUGCAACCAUGGGCAGCUCACUCGCAGAUUUGUUCGAUGAGUCUAAGAAGAAGUUCGAUAUCACUCUCGAUGCCUACACUAUCAUGGCUCUCUUUAGCAUGAGAAAUGUCUCGUGCAAGACAGAGAAUGCGCUUGUUGCUUUCAGCGAGGUCGAGACUACCAACAGUAUCAGCAACAGCCGUCGCUCUCUCGACCUGCUCGCAGACUCCAUCCCAUCUGAAAAGAACCACGCUUCCCCUUCCAUCGUGACUUCCGGCCCCACAACCGUCCUCGCACCACGCGCCGAAGCCACCGUCAACGGCAUCCUGUACGAGGACGCAGCACCCAGCGUGUCAGCGACCAAACCAGACCACGUAUCCGAUCCAGCAGCCACCGCUACAGCCACCAAGAUCAGUUUCCAGCCCUCCUCGACUGCGGAGGCGUCAGCUGCCGUAUCUACUGCUACUGCGACGGCUGUUCCUGCAAACGUGCUUGAAUUCUCCCGGGUUGCUGUGCUGUACAUUCUGCAGAAGACUGGCUCGCUUAAUUCGGCUAUGGUCUCUGGGGAUCACAUCGAGGAAUAUCUGACUGAUUCCUACUCAAAUUCCACCCAUCCUGCCAUGAAGGAGGGGGCGUUUACUAUCGAUUUUGAGAAUUUGACCAUCACACUCCCUAACAGUACGGCGACCGCAGAGUGA